AUGGGUCGUCAAGGCGAGGUGUCCAUCGAUGCUGGCAUCCAAGACGUCAGGUGUGACAGCGCCAAGCACAUAGUGGACAUCAUCAACAAUGUGCCGCCGCCUGAUAAGACUGCCAUUGAGACCGCAAUCAACUCUGGUCACUGGGGAAAAGAUCGGCUACCCGAACCCGUUUGUUUGAAAUCCGAGAUGGAAGUCAACCCUCAAGACAAUGGCAACAUCUCUGUUCUCAGGCAUAUGUAUUCCCCAGACGUGAAGCUCACCAAGGCAUGUUUGGAGUCUUUGUGCUAUGGAACACCUUAUGUCUUGAAGUGGCAAGGCCAUGCACAAAACUUCAGGAAAGGGUUUCAAUGGUUCUUGCAGCAAUUGGGUGGAUGGCAGUGUCGUCAAUACGCGCUGACCCAUAUGCUACCUUGCCACCAACCCCGUCAGGAUAGCUCCAAAGGUGGCUCUUACAUGUCCAAUCUGAGCGAAAAGGCCGUCGACAAGGGCUUCGCUUUCAUCGAGGAGGAAGCAGGUCGACUUGGCACUGAGUGGAAAGGUGUACAAUGGACGACCAAAAACUUGAACACGAACUCCGAGUCUCCCAUCUACGCGCGGCCUCAAGCAUUGGUGGAAAGAUCUUUGCGAGCACUACAAACCGAUGGCGUACUAGCCUUGCCCAUUGAGGACUUUCAUUUUACUCUGGCAGAUGUCGAGUACUCCAUCCUUGACUUCCGCUGUUCGUCACAUGCUCAAGAACAUGAAGACGCACUCAAACGGCUUCAUUGGCAGCAACCGAGUUCGACUUCUUCCGGGGUCAAGCUGGUCGAAAGGUUUCGCAGAUGUGGGAUGUAUUGCAAUGACGAGGGAACGGUGGGGAGCGGCAAAAUUCGUUCAAGGACAAAUGCAUUUGUUCGUAUGCAACGACUUCGACUUUACGCCGUGGCUGGUGAAGCACCAGCGUAUCCGUGCGGGAUGCACAUUUCACAUGAAACACGAAGACUUCUUGGCCGUCAUCAAGCCGAUGUUCCCGAAGGACACUGUCAUCGACCUGGGCACUCCUUCACCCAAAAAGAAAGCCAGAGCGGCAACAGUCAAGGAGGAGGCCCCGGAGGAGCUCCAGCUCGAUGCUGUGGAUUUGGUUUCGCCGGUGAAGCCUCCAUCUCUUGGUUCGCCCAUGGACGUCAUGGACGUCGUCGACACUCACGACGAGGUGCAUGA